AUGAAGACCAGUUUUGUGGUAGUGUGCAUGUUGGCGGUGGCCUUCCGGCUAGCCGCCGCCGUCGUGGUGCCGGCGGCGGCGCCGUACGCGUUGAAGGUGGGUUACUACAACAGCAAGUGCGGCAACUCCAGCGUGGAGUCCAUCGUGAACGAGACUGUGACGGCCUACCUCGACGCCGACAACUCCAAGGGCGCCGCCCUCCUGCGCCUCUUCUUCCACGACUGCUUCGUUAGGGGUUGUGAUGCCUCGAUCCUUCUUGAUAAAUCGGAUGUAAUUACUUCCCCCGAGAAGGCGGCCGGCGCAAACAUCGGCAUCGCCGGACUCGACGUGAUCGACGCGAUCAAGGCCAAGCUCGAGGCCGCGUGCCCCGGCGUCGUCUCCUGCGCCGACAUCGUCGUGUUCGCGGGCCGCGACGCGACGAGGUACAUGAGCAAGGGGAACGUCUACUUCGACGUGCCGGCGGGCCGCAAGGACGGCCUCGUCUCGUCCUCCGCGGAGGCGGACAGCACGCUCCCGGACUCCAAGGCCGACGUCGCGGAGCUCGUCGCCGGCUUCACGGCUAAGGGGUUCACCCCGGAGGAGCUCGUCAUCCUCUCCGGCGCGCACUCCAUCGGCAAGGCGCACUGCUCCUCCUUCAAGGACCGCCUCACCGCGCCGUCGUCCGAGAUCAACGCCAGCUACCGCGACGACGUCCUCAACAAGAUCUGCGCGUCGGCGGCGAAGGCGAACCCCACCGCGGCGAACAACAUCCGCGACAUCGACGCGGCGACGCUGGGGAGCCAGCUGCAGGGCUACGUCGUCCCGGCCGUCGGCGGCGACUACCUGGACAACAGCUACUACAAGAACAACAAGAACAACGUGGUGCUGUUCCACUCCGACUGGGCGCUCGUCGCCCAGAGCUCCACGCUCAAGCACGUCAACGAGUACGCCGCCAACGGCACGCUCUGGAACAGCGACUUCACCAGCGCGCUCGUCAAGCUCAGCCAGCUGGCCAUGCCGGCGGGGAGCCUCGGCCAGGUCAGGAUGUCGUGCCGCGCCAUCAACGACUAA